AUGAAACACUGUCCCCUUCCCAUCAAAGAUUUCUCAAUAGUUGAGGAAAGUCUCGAAUUUAUUUUGCAAACCGACGAUAAAUCUGAGUGGGGAUACAUUUUGGAAGUGGAUCUCAGUAUACCUGAAGAACUUCAAGAUUACUUUGCAGACUACCCUCUAGCCCCCUCACGUGAAGUUAUCGGCACGGAUAAACUAAGUAAUGAGCAAAUACAGAUGUUAGGGGAGAUGGGGGUCACGUCGCUACCAAAGGACGAGGCGGCGGGAAAAAUCAUUGCAGAAUUCAUCGCGUUGAAACCAAAGCUCUACUCGUUGAAAUAUGCAGAUUCAACUAGCAAAAGGAGUGCAAAAGGAGUAGUACAACACUCCCAGUCUACAGAAGAAAAUGUGUUCUUCGAGGCCAUUGCGGAAGAAAGCGAGUGGGCAAACUCACAGUUGACAAAUACCCCGACUUAUAGCAGCGAAAACAGCGAAAGCUGGCAAUCGCCGGAAUUCCGGGUCCCAGAUUGGGGCUUUCUUCAAGAAAGCUAUACGGAGGAAGAGCUUCAAGAAGAAAGCGCAGCUAGCAGUUCAAGAGACCCUCCGCCUAUCAAUAAUCCAUUCAUUCUAACAGAAGCGUCUAUUUUAUUUUUGAGAAUGGGAAUCAAAUUUCCAGAUGCUGGCGCCAAGCGCGUCCUCAAACUGUCCAAACGGUCAGCUAAAGUCCGCAAAGCACUUGACAAAUCACACCUACGUGACCUCAAAUCUAAAAAAUCGACAUCAAAGUUUAACAAAAUAGAUCAUGCCAUCGAAUCUCGCAAAGCUGACAACGAAGAUGUCGAAGCGCAGCGACUAUUCUACGAAGAAAUGGGAAUUUCAGCCGACGAAGCAGAAGACGCAAGCGAAGGUGAAGCAUACGAGAAGUUGCAUAAGGGCUCAUUUAGAAAUGUAGAUAAAUCGGUAUUCGAAAAUAACAAAAAAGUGGCUAAAUUGCCAGUUAAAUUUGACGAUAAAGUUGUUCCACAAGAAGAUGUCGGCGACGAUUUUGACGUUGCGGAUCUGCCUGAUGAUUACAUGGAGGUGAAUGAUGUUGAAGUGAGUGAUGCUGAAGUUAUGAGUGGCGCAGAGGAGGAUGAAGAUAGUGAAGAUGUUGAUGAUGAAGAUGCGCAAAAUGAAGAUAUUGAAGGGGGAUCUGCCGCGCAUAGAAGGGGUAAAAACGGCAUUAAGGAAUUCAUCUCACAUGCUCAGUUUGUAGCAGAAACCAAAGUGAAAAUUGCAUGUCUGUGCCAAAAUAUAUGCGAGGAUCCAGAAACGAACAUCAAACAGCUGACUGAUUUAGUCUCACUUCUUAACCGACCCAAAAUCCGGAAAAGUUCAAUUCUGAUGAAGCUAUUGUUGCUCUCCAUUUGCGAAGUAAUUAAAGAUGUAGUUCCGGGAUAUAAAAUACGAGAACUUACUUCAGACGAGAAAAAGGUACGAGUUAAGAAAGAAGUGAAAAAAUUACGAACUUUCGAAGAGCUUAUGUUACGGGAUUAUCAGUCAUAUUUAAAGCACAUGGAAUGUAUUCUGAAAGGAACUUGUCCGCUCGGUGUAAAAAAGCAAAAUGCUAUUAAAGGAAAAGAUUCAGUUGUGUUUUCUCUCGAUUUCUUGAGAAAACAGUCUAAAAUAUUGCGGCCAAUAGUAGCUCAGUGUACUGGCUCUUUGCUUACGAAUAUUUCACAUUUCAAUUAUCGGACCAAUUUGGUCAGGAUGGUGUGUACGUUUUCAACGUCAUCUCAUAAAGAGUUGGCCGAAAUAGGCAGUUCAUCAAUUUCGCAAGUGUUUGAAAACGACAGAACGGGCCAAUUAUCUCUGGAGAUUAUGUUUUACUUGGAUAAAAUUUUGGUCAGUAAGGCGUUUACAGUUCACAGUUGUUGUCUGAAGACGUUUCUAUCUUUGCCGAUUACGGAGGUGAAUUAUGAGAAGAUAAGGGAGUUUGAGGUCAAGGAGAGGCGAGAAAAGCUAAUGAGAAAGCAGAAAAAUUCGAAGCUCCAGUCGAAUUUGAGGAAAAAGGCGUCCAAGAUAGAAGAGAAGUGGGUGCGAGAACUUGACGAGCUGAAUUUGAAAGAGAACAAGGAUCGCAUCAAUUUUGUCCAUGGCAAGAUUAUCGGACUCGUCUUCGCAUGCUACUUCAGGGUCCUGAAGAGGGUGACUAAUUCGAAGAACCUGGAGGUGGUAUUGGAGGGUGUGGCUAAACUGGGACACCUGAUCGGGGUGGAGUUCUACGAUGACCUGUUAGUGCUCAUCAAGGACAUCAUGAAGAGACUCGACCUAAACUAUAAGCAGAGGCUGCACUGUGUUCUAUCUGUAUUCAGAUUGAUGAGUGGAUGUGACAUGGAGUUGGUGAAUGUGGAUCUGCAGCAGUUCUACUCCUACCUCUACGAGUCCCUUUUAGCCCUCUCGCAGGUGAACAAAUCAGACUUCACGCAGUCUCUCAACACGAUUGAAGAGAUAGUGUUGAGGGAGAGGAAGAAGGACAUGCGAGCUGUGAGGAUGUUGGCUCUCUCCAAGAGACUCUGCACUGUGAUGUUGAGUGUUGAUAAUAAGAGUGCAAUCAGGAUGUUUAAUACUAUCAACAAAACAAUAAUCAGUCAAACAGACCAACUUCUUUCUGAGGAAUCGGUGGGAAGUGGCAAGUACUGUCCCUACGUCAACGACCCUGACCUAGCCAACGUGCAAAAUACUGCCUUAUGGGAACUACACCCGAUGCGCAAUCAUUACUGUGCCCAAUUAGUUCCUCACGUGAAAGCAUUAGCCCAGCUGAAAACGAGUAAGACUACCCAAGAAGAAAGAAAAAUUGACGAUUUGAUUGUUUAUUUUGAUAGACUGAAGUCCAAAAAUUUGGUCGAAAGUGUUAAAGCAAAGAGAGCUAGUUUGAAAGACCAUAAUAACCUAAUAGACCAAAACAUAUUGAUUAAAUUGAAAGAUUCUGAACCUUAG